AGCUUCUGAAGUGCAAAAACCAUCAGCGCUAACUUAGCUCGGUUUCCGAGAAACAUAUACCAAUUCCGAUCCAGUUGGAGAUGUCUUCUGGGUCGAGGAGCGCAUCCCGCGGCGGCGCCAACCCGGAGUGGAGCAAGAAGGAGAACAAGCUGUUCGAGGAUGCACUCGCCUACUACGGCGAGGGCACGCCCGACCGUUGGCUCAAGGUGUCCCGCGCCAUGGGCGGUACCAAGACGGCUGACGAGGUGCGCCGCCACUACGAGAUCCUUGACGACGACAUCAAGCUGAUCGAGUCCGGCAGGGUCCCUUUCCCCAAGUACAACACCAAGGGCCAGGGGGCUUGGAACUGAUUCAUCAAUCAAAGGAGCAAAGCUUCUGGAUUCUGAAGAUCCUGCAAACAGGAUAACAUGUUGAUAAUCUAAUCCUUGGCUGGGACCAUAUUAUUGAAGCAAGCAUAAUUAUGUGUGUAUAACGAAGAUUGUGGGCACUUGGUUAGGAAUAAAAAGAAGAAACAUAUGUGUGUGUACAUAAUACUAGGUUUGUAAGGGAAUCAAGGGCACUUCUUCUCUCAGACGCUGGCAUGUAUUUUUCAUUCUGUAACUCAUCCCCAAUAAGUUUUGGAGUAAAUUUCAGUGAUGUAAAUCAUCCCC